GAGCGGAUGAAUUCGCCAUCGGACGAUGGCCAAUAUACAGACACGGACAAGGAGGAAGGUGUCAUUGAAGAAGAGAGAAAAAGCUCUGGAAGUUCUUCGGCACGGCGCCAAGAAUCGAGCAGUGGCAGUCCCGAUAUGGCCAGUUCGAAGGAGCGGAGAAGCGGCCGAAAAAAUUCAUCCUCCUCAAGCGAUGCUGAAGAUGAAGAGGCACGGUUACGUCAGAAGCUGUUGGAGAAACGUAGCGGUGUGUUGCACAGUAGUACAUCAUCGGUCUCGAAACGUGAGGUCACCGAAGUGAUCGAUCGCGGUACGGUCUCGUCAAUUUCGAUCACCGUAACAAGCAACGAUAAAAAAUUCAGAUCUUCGAUGCGUCCCCUAUCGCCUACGAUGAAAAAGUCCUCAAAAUCAGCUCUGGCCAAUUAUGGCUCGAGCGAUGAAGAGAUGUUCUCAAUGCAGCCAAAAGACAUGCUAUUUUUAGAAGAUGAAGAGGCACGAUUACGUCAGAAGUUGUUGGAAAAACGUAGCGGUGUCCUGCACAGCAGUACGUCGUCGGUCUCGAAACGUGAGGUCACCGAAGUGAUCGAUCGUGGUACGGUCUCGUCAAUUUCGAUCACCGUAACAAGCAACGAUAAAAAAUUCAGAUCUUCCAUGCGUCCCCUAUCGCCUACGGUGAAAAAGUCCUCAAAAUCAGCUCUGGCCAAUUAUGGCUCGAGCGAUGAGGAGAUGUUCUCAAUGCAACCAAAAGACAUGAGACGCCUAGAAAGUGCCGAUGAACUACCUCUUGCAAUAGUUCUAGCUCAACUUUCACAGCUUUUGAACGACGACCUAAGUCACAUUGACGAGCUAGUUCCUGUGGCAUCUGAUGAGCAGGGCCAUCAACAGCAACCGCAAUCGCAGCAGCAGCAAUCACAACGGGAUCAUGAGUCACGAUCGACUGGAAGAACUGCCACUCAGCCCGAGACAAAAUCGCUGCCAAAAACAUCGACAAGUGCUAGCAAACUGUAUAAAGAGCGGGAAAACACCGUGGAAUUGAAGCGUGAACGAGAAUCGCACGUAAAAGAUGCAAGAAUAAGUCGUUCUCCACGUAAACGUGAAGCAACUCCAAAACGUAAUUCGUUAUCGGACCAUGAAGUCCCUUCAAAAAGAAUGCAUGUGGAGAAGACCGAAGAAAUCAAAACGGGUAUGAUUUUCGUACCUUCGAAAGCAAAAGUUUUGGGAAUUUUGGGUAUCGAAGUUUUGAAAAAUUGUAUUAUUUUAGAGAAAAGUGUCUGA